AUGCACUCCGCUUCAAAAGACCCCGCUUCAAAAGACCCCACCACCGCCACCGCCACAGCCCUGGCCACCACGUGCCACGCCCUUGGCCCUACGGCCAUCUCUGGCCCCACCUCAGCCCCGUCAAUUAGUCUGCCGCUGGUCGUUGCCCAUUGUGGCGCUGUACUAAAACAGCCACCCAACCUCCGUACACCCGGGCUUUUCCGAGUCUCGGGCAGCUCUCGGCGGCUACGAACCUGGAAACUUGCGUUAGCCGCCGACGACUGGUCUGUCGUCGGGAACGAUCUUUCCUGUGCCGAUAGUCAUCAUUCACAUACGAUACAUGAUGUGGCAAGUUUGCUAAAGGCCUACUUGAUAGGUCUAGACGAUUGUCUCGUUGCCAGUGAUAAUUUUCUCGCGUUUGUGACACCUCUACAGGAUAACAUUCAACUUCAACAGACACUCUUGGAGAAUAUACAAGUUCAAUUGACUAGCACAACAGAUGACAAGACACAAUACUUGAUAUCUGGGAUUGAGGUGACGCGGUUGAUUGAGCACUACCAACAACUAAUAACCACAGCUUUGCCCCAGCACUCGAUGCAUCUUUUCAUCUAUCUGUUAGACUUGCUGAGUAUGGUUGCGUCGUACUCCCGUGUAAAUAUGAUGGAUAGUUUCAACUUGUCAAUCAUCUUUCAGCCAUCAUUCCUCUCGUCACCGUAUCAUAGUUCUAAAGAUGAUAUGCAACUGGCAAGACUCGUUAUUCAAUUUCUCAUCCAGACGGCAGACGUUCUUAUACCAAGAAUAAUAAAGACUCUUUCACAACAGUAA